CACUUUAUUCAUUCAUCCAUUGUAGUGCAGAAAAAAAAUGUGACUUGUUUGAUUUAAUUUCUGUUUAACUUAAUAAGUGCUAGAUGAAGAUUACGUUCAAAAUUUGUUUCUUUAUAUUUUAACGUACUUCCCCGAACAUACACUUUAUAUUAUAAACAGUUACAAAAGCACAUAGCACAGUCGAUUCACGGCCUAACAAGAUCUCUUACAAAGAAGCCGUGCGGCGUCGGCACUCGGCGUUUUAUGUUAUUUGUUUGACAUUGAAGUGGUAGUUGCGUUUAGAUGUUGAAUUCAAUACGAAUGAAGUAUUGAUAAAUUUGUGAAUCGGCACAUCUAGUGAAAAUGUCGGGUCGCGUCCGAAAACAAUCGGAUUGCCCUGUGGGCAAGCAGGGUCCUAUGAGAGCGACAUUGCCGGUCUCUUCUAUAAUGAAACCUAGUGGCGGAUUCAAAAAAAAUACUGGUAACAGCCCCACUCUUUCUCCCACCAAUGUGUGGCGACGGAUUUCCCCUGAUCACGCUCUUUCCGGUCAGAGGAGCCCCGGAGCUGUCAACUAUAAAGGUAAAGGAACUAGUGUAAUUCGGCGCACAGCAUCCUUAGAUACUUUGUAUCAAAAAGGAAAAUGGUCAAGAGACUACUAUCUACAUGCGGGGCAAUUACAAGUUGAUAAAUCCACUCAAACUGAUGAUGGAGGUGGUGUAUCUGGAAGAUCUUCAAGAGGCUCAGAAGAUGAUAAGCUAGAUCGUUUUCUUCGUAGUCGUCUGCAGAGACCACACAAACCAUCAGGAUCUGGAGAUUUUUCUGCACAUUCUAUGAGUCCUGGACUAUGGUCCCGUUUUAGUGGUGGUGCAGUGCCCUUAAGGGCAGCUCGUUCCUCUGUGGAGGGUCUGAACCAGGAAAUUGAAAGACUUGUACUUUGUCCAGCCAGCGGCACUCAGACUCCUCAUCUUGACAGAUUAAGGGAUAAGGUGACACCUGAAGGUCACCGAGCUCCGCUGGCCGAUCUCCUCCGGCGAUCUGUCAACACUCAAACGCCGCACGAUCUCUGUCAUACUGCACACUCCUCAGGUGGAAGUGUUUGUUCGUCUCCGGAUCUCGAUGGCUCGAAACUGGGGACUUCGCCACAGAUCAAUAGAUUCUUGGCCCGUGAACCCCCAGACGGUUGUGAAAAGGUACAGGUGAACCUGAAGUCGGGCGACGGCACCCACGCGGAGUCGGUGUCGGUGAUGAAGCCCUCGGCGCCGGGCUUCACCCUGCGGCCCUCCGUGUGCUCGGCCUUCCAGCCUCUGCAGCCGCACCCCCCUACCUCCGACUAGCCCCCGGACUCGUCGCUUCGGCGGACGGACGAGACGCCCCGGCCGGAGCUUCGCUUCCGUCUCUCGAGACGUGGAGCCGAACGGUUCGGUUCCGUGUGAUUUCUUUUUAUAAUUUUCUCGUUUGACAUUUCUUUACAUUCGUCCAGUCUCGUCGACCGUGCGACGGCUUCUCGAUUUCGGCCUUUCGCCGGUUUGAGUUAAGGGGUGACCGACCAAACGUGACGGUACAAUGAAAUCGGGAUUCGGAACGUCUUUUAUGAACAAUUUAUAGAUUUAAACCGUCGAACUCGGACUUCGCGACGCUUUCGCUCGACGGGAACGAGAGGGUCGAGUUGAGGAAGUAAUUUUUUUUUUUGUAUAAAUUCAGAAAACUGUUUUCAUCCGUGAGCUCGACCGGCCGUAUUCCAAAAGGUGAAACUUGCAAUGUCCAUUAAACCGUCGACGUUUCGGUGGUGCUCCGCGUGAACCGGGAUUGGAGGUCCUUUUUGGAAUACGGGCCCGAGGGAAUCGAGAAAGUCAGUCGUGGAGAGUUAAGGGUCUGUCCGGUUCGAGCGAUGAGACGCCUAUGGGAUUUCUGGGAUGUCUGUAAUCCGUCGGAAGGCGGACGAACAGAUUCUAAAAUGGCAAACGGUCAACAAAAUAUAUUUUUACUACACCAAACUACGGGCCCGAGGUGCUAUGGAAAAAAUAGUUCAGCGUAGUAAAAUUUAGAGUCCGUUCGUCCCGCGUUCUCUGGAAGACGACUUCCUCGAGUCAUAUUCCGUCACGGGGUGUUAGCACCGAGAUCUCUCAGAAAUGACUAGAAACGACAAUAAUAAUCGUUUUAGGUUAAAUUCCUUCGAAACGACGGCUUUCCGAGAUGUACAUACUUUGGCAUUUGGAGUGUGGCCGGACAUCGGUGAUCUCAAUUUAGUUAAAGCUAAUUUUCGUUCGACAUAUCAUCAGUUAAAACCGUUUGUAUAUUUUUGUAAGAACUAGGACCAAACUUGAGGGGUUCCGGGGCUCGGGACGGUGGCCUCCGUCCCCGGGCCCGGAUGCGAAGUGGGUCUCUCGAGAGAAUAGCUCUAUAGGGACUCGACGGGGAAGCGGGAGGAUAGACUGAUUUUUGGAAACUUUACUCGUACUUUGAUACAGGUCUCGGCAAGUAAACGUUAGUUAGGACGAAAUCACUCAUUCCGAACAUAAAUAGCUUUUGCGACCGCAUUUUGUCGGGAUCCGCAUCGAGCCCGGCGAACGCUUCAUUAUUUUUAUAGUAUUACAGAGACGAACGUAUAUUUUGGCUCACCUUUGGAAAACCGAGUACGGUGUGAUUGCUCAAUCGAAAUUUAUAUUAGGAGCCAACCUCGUGACACGCGCCGAAUUCGACGAUGCGAACUUGCGAUGUGUACAUAAUAAUAAUAAUAAUCGACCGAUUCCACUUCGUCGCGUCGAAUCAAGUUCGAUAGGUGAAGGCGAAUACGGGAAACGUAAAAACCGAGCCAGUAUUGAAAUCCGGAUUUCCGAGUGGAUUCUCUCACGAGCGCAAUGUAUGGGGCCGGGUCGCAAGGGCGUCCGUGACUUUUUAAAGUACAUAAAGAUAUUUUUGUAUGCGAGGGGAGGAGUCGCGCCAGAUGUACCAUAAGAUGACUUUGCUAGGAUCUUAGAUUUGAUAGUUCUUUUAUAGGAGGUUAAUUAUUUGAAUGUUUGCUUUUAGGUGACCGAUGAGUUUGUAAUUUUUAUUACUACGAUAUUAGAUUAGAUACUAACGUUCGACUAGACCGGAAGUGCCCGUUGAUAUAAGUUUGAAUCCAGCGAGCCUCUCGUGCGGCGACUUGUAAUGUUUAGGCGUCAAAAUUAGCGAAUAAGAGAAUUAUCGACGGAUUGUUGAGUUUUAGUUAUCGAAUUGUUGAGGUUUAUUGAUAAAAAAAAAUGAUUAUUUUUUUUACUCGCAGCGCACCGCGAGAGGCUCGUCUUCAGAGGCGUCGACUAACAACAAUAAUGAUAGUGUCGAUUUUAAGUAAUGAUAAGAAUGGUUUAUUAUAGUUUUGUUCGAAGAAGAAAUUCUAAUUACUAUUUUUGUUUCCAAUAUUUUAUCACUUUUACCUGUUUUCAUUGUAUUGUAUCUCGCUGUAUUGCAGACAUAUCCAAUAUACAGACUGAUUUAA